UUGAUUGCAUUUGUCGAAACAGGGGACCACGUGAAGGCUGCAAUCUCUCACCCCAUCAAACUGUGCUGAGAGCAAUUGUCUCUUCAGUGCAUGUGAGGCACAGCUAUCCUCAAGCCACGCGUUUAUUCCUCAGCUGGAGUAUUGAGGAGCUGAGCUUCACAAACCUGGCAGAGAUCGACUGGUGAUCUGGGCGUUGCCUUGGGACCAGCUCUGCCAAAGCACACAACGUUGUGGUAGACCAACUGAAACAUGGGCAACCUGGGACGAGCCCCCUCCAGCGGGAACUGCACCUACGAGGCCAAUUUCCAGUACCAGUUGUUCCCAGCGGUCUACACCAUCGUGUUUGUCCUGGGCUUGACCGGAAAUGUCUCGGCCCUCUGCAUUUUUAUAAAGAAAACUAAAAAAGCCUCCCCAUCCUUCAUCUACAUUGCAAACCUGAUCGUGGUGGACAUCAUUUAUAUUUGCACCUUGCCCUUCAGAAUCCAUUACCACAUGAAGCGCAACAACUGGGUAUUUGGAGACGUGACCUGCAGGAUCACAGGCACAUUGUAUUACGCCAACAUUUACCUCAACGUUACUUUCCUCAGCCUGAUUUGCGUGGACCGCUACAUUGCGGUGGUCCACCCUCGCAAAUACCUCCGGAUGAGAGGGUCAAGGGUCUCGCGGGCGGUGGCGGCGCUGGUCUGGCUGCUGGCCUUGGCCGUCAUGCUGCCGCUGGUCACCGGCGGCACGCUCAACAACGCCGGCACCGGCAACUCCACCGCCUGCUUCGAGAACUUUGACGCCAAGACUUGGAGCAAGAAGAUGGCGGCCUACAACAUCAUAGCGUUCCUCUUCGGCUUCUUCAUCCCCUUCACAAUCAUCAUUAUAUUUUACCCACUGGCCGCCAGGAAAAUCGCCCGGCUGAAGAGCAGCGUUCACAGGGACAAGGCUCUGAGAAUGAUCUGGGCCAUUAUGGUCAUCUCCAUUCUCUGCUUCGUCCCGUAUCACAUCACCCACUUCUUCUACUUGUUUGCCCGUUUGGAAGUCAUUGAGGACUGUGCUUUCCGCAGCUUCCUCUACAAGAGUCGUCGUGUUACCAUGGCCUUAGCCAGCCUCACCUGCUGCCUCGACCCUCUCAUAUACUUCUUUGCAACCAACAAGUUCAGGCCAAAGUACAGCACAAAGAGGGGAUCGCAGAAGGUUUACAGCGUAGCCUUGCGCUAGACUGAGAGCUGUAACUAAUAGAUGUGACCAAAGGCCUUCCCUCCAUUGACGAACUGUACACUGCAAGGGCCAGGAAGCGAGCGGGUAAGCUCAUCUCUGACCCCUCUCACCCUG